AGAUGAGCGGAAAAUCAGAGCUUUAAUUCCCCGCGUGUGUGCAUGAGACCUGUUGGUUAAAUCCUCUUAUUUUCAAUACCAACUUAAAGAUUUUCAUUUCGUAGUGAGUGUGCCUCGUCAGCGCUGUAUGAUAAAUUAUUCACAGAGCCAUGUUAUGCCUGUUUUGAAACAGCCUUUAAAUUCGUCUGCAUACCAUUUCACAGCCACAGCGUUGCCAAGCGCGCCGCGGGAAGCUUGCAGAAAAAAAAAAAACACGCAGAUGUACCGAAAAGCUGUUCCCAUAUAACAGACGGUGGCUCGAUUAUCAUAAGGUGAAUCGCAGAUCACGUUGUCAAGAGAACAGUGAGUGAUUUUGUGCUGCACUACGUCCACAGACGUCUGGUUUUCUUGACGUCAGGAGAAGUCUGAGCGGACCCAGCGCUGCGCACAAGCAGAGCAACCACAUCGCUCCCAGAGGGAAGGAGAACACAUCACAGCUACAGAUCGCCAUUUAGCUGUAGUGUGGUGAAUCCGAUCAGCGUUGUAGGAUGCCUCUUGGAGAGGAUGGAAAUGGGUGGAAAAAGAAGACAUCUGACAUCAAAGAACAUUAUGACUUCAAAGAAGUGCUGGGAACGGGAGCUUUCUCAGAAGUUGUUCUAGCAGAGGAGAAGAGGACCCAGAGGCUUGUGGCCAUCAAGUGCAUCCCCAAGAAAGCUUUGGAGGGCAAAGAGAACAACAUCGAAAAUGAGAUUGCGGUACUGCACAGAAUCAAGCACCCCAACAUUGUUUCGCUGGAAGACAUCUUUGAAAGUACAUCCCAUCUUUAUCUUGUCAUGCAGCUGGUAUCUGGAGGUGAGUUGUUUGACAGGAUUGUGGAGAAAGGUUUCUACACAGAGAGAGAUGCCAGCCAACUCAUCCACCAGAUCUUGGAUGCAGUCAAAUAUCUCCAUGAUAUGGGGAUCGUCCACAGAGACUUGAAGCCAGAGAAUUUGCUGUAUUACAGUAUGGACGAAGACUCCAAAAUUAUGAUCAGUGACUUUGGACUGUCAAAGAUCGAGGGAGCGGGCAGUGUCAUGUCCACAGCCUGUGGUACUCCUGGAUAUGUGGCUCCUGAGGUGCUCGCUCAGAAGCCGUACAGCAAAGCAGUGGACUGCUGGUCCAUAGGAGUUAUUUCUUAUAUUUUGCUAUGUGGAUAUCCUCCGUUUUACGAUGAAAAUGAUGCCAAGUUAUUUGAGCAGAUUCUGAAAGCAGAGUAUGAAUUUGACUCUCCAUACUGGGAUGACAUCUCAGAUUCAGCCAAAGACUUCAUCUGUCACCUGAUGGAGAAAGAACCUUUGAAGAGAUACACGUGUGAGCAGGCUCUCCAGCACCCAUGGAUCUGUGGAGACACAGCUCUGGACAAGAAUAUCCAUGAGUCUGUCAGCGCUCAAAUCAAGAAGAACUUUGCCAAGAGUAAAUGGAAGCAAGCAUUUAAUGCCACGGCGGUGGUGCGCCACAUGCGGAAAUUGCAACUGGGCACCAGUCUGGAGGGACCCAGUCAGAUUACUCCCACCAGUCCCUGCCAUGGACAUCUGCUCCCAGAGGAAGAGGAAGAGGAGGAGGAGGAGGAAGAUGAUUUGGGAAAUGGGGAGGAGGAGAGCUUGUCCCACUAUGAGGACGGUCGUCGCGGGAGCACCGAGGGCAGCACAGAUCGGGACAGCCUCAGGAGCUGCACCUACUGCUGCAGGCCAGCCAGUCGUGUCUGAACACAACCUCCCUUUGUCAUGGAGCGCCCAGAGCUCGCCCGCCCAGUCUGGCCAGGAAUGCAGAGUAGUUAUCAGGCAGUGUUCACAGUGAGCAGGUCACAGCAUGAAGAAACAUACUGUAAGUCUGUGUCCAAAAAAGGAAUAUAUAAAUAUCUAUCUAUCUAUCUACAUAGAUAGAUAGAUAGAUGAAAAAGAAAAAUCCCAACUCAAGACAUACACUUUUUAAACUUCCAGAACAGAUUGCAAAGCUGCUCCGGGUCACAAAGAAUGAACCUGGCUGCAUGAUCGUCCUGAAAUAAACCCCCCCAGCACCCCAACCUAUAGUUGUCCUUUGUGCAGCUAUAGCAGACAGUGGUCAUUUGGCAGUGUGUACACUCCAGGUGGUUCUGGAUGGUAGCUUCAGGAAGGAUCCAAGCCUCUUGGGUCUUAAUCAAAGAUGAGCCAGUGGCCUAAAGGCAGUCUCCUCCAUUAUUUUUGUUCUCACAUUAUCUGUCACAUCUACCUCUAACUGCAGCUACUGUCUGUUUGCAUCCAUCUGGCUCACACACUCUACAUUACUGGCAGCUUUCUCUAAAAAUCUGGCCAGACAGGGCAAAAAGAAAAUGGGAUCGCUUUCUCAUGGGAAACAGUACUGAAAGCUACUCCUGCAUGUCUUUAUACUCUUUACCCAUCAGUGUGACUGAGUCCAGUCACUGACCAAGUAGCUGUUGUGUUGAUUUAAUCUCAAGGGAUGUUGGCAAAUGAGCAUGUGACGCUGUCUGUGCCACUCGCCCAUUUGUUCUGUUCAAUCACUUUGUCUUUAUUCUCAUAUUAAGUGUCCCUGUCCUUUUUUAAGUGUUUACUACUUUUGGUUAAAGUAUUUUGUUUUUGUUGUUUUUUUUUUUUUGUUUUUUUUUUGGAAAGAGGAGGAUGAUUAUAGGGGUUAUUGACUCUACAUUCUGGCUCAGACUGGGUCUGUGAGGAGUGGUGCUGACCUGGAGUGACUGCAUGCUUCAGUUGGGUAAAACAACGUAAUGUAUGAAUAUCAAAAGGAGACUCUUUUUUUCUUUUAUUUUUGGUUUUGGUUUUAUGGCUGUUCUGUUAUCAGAGGCUCAAACUGAGAUCCCAUAAAUCACAGGAAUCUGACCUUCUGCCAUCAUGCCAGGAGGAGUUAUUUUGAAGGUUAUGUUGGGAAGAAAUUCAUCAUAUUCAUAUCACACUUGUCAUCCCUGCUCUUUUUGCGGCGAGCAUCCGAAUAUCCACCCGCUGUCAGUCUCCGGGUCUGAAGCGGAGUCAGAGGGAUCUCAGUCUGGGCGCUCUGCCUGCUCUGUGCUGUGCACCUCUAGUGGAAGAAGUUUUGGUCUACUGUUUGCAUGACCUGGUUAAAUAUGUUUACAUGAAUGAUGAACAAUUAGUAUAAACACACAUGAUUAUUAUUACUCUGUUGUAUUGAAAAAUGAUGUAAUACUGUAAUUUUGAGCUAUAUAAUGUGAAGUGAGUAACACCAGAAGUAAUGUUGUUGACAAAGUACAACACAGCACAGUGGAUUUAUCAUUUACAUUGACUAUGAUGGUCAAGUCUCUACCUGAGUGACACUUCUCCUGUACUAUGUUUAUUUACAUUGCAAACAUUUUCUUCAAUCUGUUUUUUUGCCUUUGCUUAUGUAGAACCUCUAGAGCUGUUUAUCCCUGUCUGAUACCCAGGGCACAAGCCAAAAACAAAAACAAAACAAAUCAAAAACAAACAAACUAACCAAAAACCCCCACAUAUCUUAAUUUUAACCAGGUGCCAGCCACAGUGCAAAACAUGAAAAAAAAAAGUAUCAUGGGGCUUGAAACAUCACCAGUCUGUCAUGGGGGUUGCCUUCAGUGUGUGAGCUCAACAUUUGUCCUCCUGAGCAGAUGAACUGCAGAACUAAAGCCAUACAGUGAAGUGGGAAUGUUUUUACUGUAGAUGAAGACAUGUGGCCAUCUUCUAAAUAAGACUCAGAUGAAGGACGAUGAAGGCGACGUGUUGAUUUGAAGAAAAAUUAGACAAAAUUCUCCCCAUAAAAACUGACUGAAAACACUUUAAUCCUGAUAUCAAUGAUACCAUACAAUUAUUAAUUUAAAGGUAAGUCAUGACAUAAUGCUGUAUUAUUAACUGUAGAGCUAGUCAAAUAACCCAUAAAAAAUGAUCUUGCCCACAUGAAACCGGUUCCCGUGAUCGGUCAUUUUUCAGGUUCAUAGUACAGUAAAAUAAGGCAAUCACUCUGGAUUUAUAAGUUAUAAUUGUGGAAAAUAUGCAAACUGUGUGUGAAGGGCUUCAUGUUAACUGUAAGAUAGUCAAUGUUGAUGACUUUGAUAACCUGGCUAUUAUUUGUUUGGUAAUGACCUUAAUAUGUUGAACCUUACCUGGGAUUUGUUUCCACUUGGCUGUGUGUGUGUUUUUUAAAGCUUAUUUUACCCAUUACAAACACAUCUAAAUGCAUAAAGAAACACAUGUAUAUUAUAUAUAUAAAUAUAAGUAUAUAUUGUAUAUCCUUUUUUGUAAAAGCUGUUUUGAGCUACAAACGUAUGGAUGCAAUGCAUCAUGGGUUAUUGAACAAGAUGUAAGAAAAUACAAUGAUUUGUACCCACAGAGAUAUGAUUGCAGGAAAUGAAAUAAAACUUCCUUGU